AUGCGUGUCUCCUUCAUCCUCGCCGCCCUCGCUGCGUUCGCUGUUGCUGCCCCGAUCCCCACCGCUCCAGCUGCGGCUGCUCCAGCAGAUACAGUGGGCGGGAAAAUCCUCGACGGCGCUAUCAAAGUGGCUAAGGUGGUGGGCCAGCAUGCCGCCGACGAGAUCAACGGCGUGGUUCAAAAGCACUGGAGCGAAGAGGCUAUUGCGGCCAAGAACGCAAAGAAGGAGAAGGUCACGCAAUCGGCUGCUGAGGUGAAGCUGCACGGCCUGAGUGCUCUCAAAACCGCCGGAGCCAUUGGCAAGGGGCUCGCUGUUGGCAGCGCUGGCAAGAAGUCAUACUUGAACCAAGAGUUGAAAUGGAUCCCUUUAUUCUCCCUGGCCAUGUAUAUCAAGUCGCUUUACCCCCAGCCCGCCCCCAUCGAGGACCUUAAUUUCCACCACUCAUUGUUCGGUCGCCCGGAUCAGAAGGACUGGCCGGACUACACCUUGUUCAUCGACGCUUCGAAUGGCCACCGCCGAACACAUCGUGAGUUUGUGACCGACAUUUACGAUGGCGCGACUGCCCUGGGAGCCUCGUUUGAAACCGGCUGCCUGGGGCUGCGUGGCGACGAUGGCGAGAUGGUCGGCAUCAUGUCCGACAAUUCCAUGGAAUAUGUUUCCUUGAUUCAUUCGUUGAUAAUGAUCACGACGCCUUUUGCGUUGAUUUCCAGCUAUUCGACGCCAUUUGAGCUGAAGCAUUCGCUGAAAUUGUCCGGGGCUACAUGUCUUUUCGUGCAGGCGAAAUAUCUCCCCUUGGCCUUGGCUGCUUCGAAGGAGGCAGGGAUUUCCAACCGGAGAAUAUUUGUUCUCGGUGGUCGUGCGAGUGGCCGCACCAGCUUCACAGAGUUGAAGGAACACGUACGAAAUGAACAUAUCCCUCGCAUCUCUGUUCGCCCUGCCCACCGCGACACCCUCGCGUAUCUUGUGUUCUCGAGCGGAACAAGUGGUCUCCCGAAGGGUACUUGA